AUGCAGUGGAUGUUUAAGGAGAACCACUCCCUGGAACAUAGAUGCGUGGAAUCCGCAAAGAUCAGAGGGAAGUACCCUGACCCUGACCAGGGUUCGGUGAUCAUGGAAAAAGUCUCUAGCUCUCAGAUUGUUGACACUGACACAUGGAAGUACUUGGUCCCAUCCGACAUCACCGUGGCUCAGUUCAUGUGGAUUGUCAGAAAAAGGAUCCAGCUUCCUUCCGAGAAGGCCAUCUUCCUGUUUGUGGACAAGACAGUCCCACAGUCCAGCCUAACAAUGGGACAGCUUCAUGAGAAGGAAAAAGAUGAAGAUGGAUUCUUGUCUGUGGCCUACAGUGGCUUCUGA